AUGUUAGAGUCUCUAACUCCCCCCCCCCCCUCCGUGAGCGAACAAAACCAUUAGAAAAAUCGCCAUUUUUUGACCAAAAACCCACCCUCCGUGAGUGAACAAAAAUUUUUUUAAUAGAAAAAAUUUUAAUGGAAAAAAAAUUUUGAUAUAUAAGUGAUAAUUAGUAUAAUGAAAUCUAGAGCUAAUUCUGUUUAAUUUUUAAACAAAUUGCGUUUUAAAACAUAAAUUUUGCAAAUUAAAUUAAUAUUUGCUUUCCCAAUUUUUGCAAAUUAGGAUUUUUUUAAAUUUCGAAAAAAAUAUUUUUUUAUAAAAUUUAUAUAUAAAUUUUUUUUUAAAAAAAAAAAAAAUACCCCCUCCGUGAGCGAACAAAAUUUUUUUUGUUCGCUCACGGAGGGGGGGGGGGAGUAAGCGGGAAUCUUGCAAUUAAGGAUUUCUUGUAUUUGUACCCAAGGUCUCAGUGGGCGAGAUGCUGUGAACUUUUGAUGGUAAUUGGAAUUAGUGCGAUACAAAACCGAUAUUCUGGAUUUGUAUCAGUUAGUGAGCUUGAAACAAUUUCACAUGGAUCUCCACUGCCAUUAGCUGCACAAAUGCCAGGCAUCAAAGCACAGCUGAAAGGGAUGAUUGAAGAAAUUGAUAACUACAAUAACGAUCCUGCAGAAAAAGAAUUCAAAAGGUCAUCGAGCGUCAAUAAUUUAAAAAAUAAAAGACCACCAAGGUCCUCAGUGAAUAAAGAAAUCCCUGGGCCUAUUUUGAUGGAGUCUACACCAAAAUUCCGAUGCUUGGAUGAAGUCUUUUCUAAGCCGAAAGGAAAAGACAGUAGCAGAUCUAAAGAAAAUUCGAAUAGAAGCCCGUUAAAAACCAUUAAGCCAAGCACAAUGCAGCAGCCUAAAGGAACUCCUCAUAGAAAGGUCCCAAAAUAUCUCCAAAAUGUGGACUCGAAAAUCAGAUGUGACGUGAAAAAAGACAUUCAGAAAUUUUUCAACCCCGAUAAAAAACUUUUAAGUGAGUUUCAAUGAAUUUCUGAUGAGGAAAUCCAAAGAAAUCCAUCACCCACCUUAGAAAGCAUAACAAGCAGAGAAGACACGAAUUUUCCUAACAAAAAGCCUCUUUUUGAGGAUACUUUUACGUAUACAGAAACUGAUGAAAAUCAAUCUCCAGGCCCAAAAAUCAAGAAAAAGCUGCCAGAGCAGGAUUUUUCCUCAGAAGUUAUACAGCUUGCUGAUGAAUUUCUAAACAAUCCUUUAAUUUCUCAUCUGUCUAGAAGAGAAUCACAAAAGUCUUCACCUAUAAAACCCCUGAAAACUGAAGAAAUAAUGCCACAAAUUCCUUUUGGAGACUAUUCAGACUCCUUUGAUGGUACAUCUAAAAGGAUAAAAACAGAUAGGAUGCCUAGUAGAAGUUAUAAUCCUUCACUAGGAAAUUCACUAUACAAAGAAAAUUAUUUUAACUAUUAA